AUGGACGAACUCUCCUUCGCCCUCGCAAUCGAGCUGCAGCUACACGAUGUCGAAGAAGCGCUCUCCGCCCGCAAAGGCAAAGGUCGUCUCGGUGACGCCGUCACCUCCAGCGACGAGAUCGCAUUCAAUGAUUACCGUGAGCACCUCCUCGCCACCACGCGCAUGCUCACCGACGAGCGGCUCGCAGAGAGCCUUGAUCGGGCCGUCAGGAGUGACGGAGAGCUACUCGAGGUGCUGACGAAGCUUGAGUUGGGGGAUGAGGGGAGUCGGGAGCUGGCGAUGCAGUUGUCGGAGGAGGCGGUGGUGGUGGUACCGGAGGAGAAGAGUAGGAAUGAUAUGUGGAGGAGCAUGGCGGUGGGUACGGGGGCGGAGAUGACGGAUGAGGCGAUUGAGGAGUUGGAGAGGAGGUGUCAGGAGUGGGAUUUGGUGGAUGAGCUUGAGCAAAAGCUGUCGACCGCAGGCCCCUCCUACUCUAAAUCUGGUGCCUCCAAAUCUGGCGCCAAAACCUUUCACUCUGGAACCGCCCCCUCCGGAACCACCUACUCUGGCGCCAGUACCUACAAACCCAGUCUCCGAAAGUCCCGCGCAGACUGUGCCAUCUGUCUCGAGUCCUUCUCCGCCGAACACACCAUUACCGCCCCCUGCACGCACACCUACUGCUUCGCUGACCUCAAAGACCUCUUCAUCCGCGCCUGCAAAGACGAACAACUCUUCCCCCCGCGGUGUUGCAAGCAAGAGCUCUCCCUCGAGCUCGCGCUCCCCCUCUUGACCGACAACGAGGCAGUUGAAUUCCUCGAAAAAAGCGAGGAGUAUACCUGCAAGGACCGCACGUACUGCUUCCAGCCAUCAUGCUCCCGCUUCAUCCCGACCGAGAACAUUUCGCGCGAUGUAGCGACCUGCAACGACUGCUAUUCACGGACAUGCAAGCUGUGCAAGAAGGAGGAGCACGACAGCGAGGACUGUCCCGACGAUCCGAGUAUGAAGCUUACGCUUGAGACGGCGGCGGCAAAUGGAUGGCAGAGGUGCCAGCAAUGCCAUUCGCUUGUGGAGAGAUCGCAUGGGUGCCAGCAUAUGACGUGCAGAUGUAAAUCCGAAUGGUGCUACCGCUGCGGCAUCAUAUGGAAGAUGUGUGAGUGCGGCGACUGGGACGAGGGCCAACUCCACCGGCGAGCGGAGGAUCUGGCCAUCCGCGAGAUGGGUGCCAAUGCCGGGGUGCGAGCGCUGGCAUUGCAUGCGAGGACGAUUGUGGAGGACCUCAGGGUCAACCACGAGUGCGAGCAUACGGACGGGUGGACGUAUACGUCGACUGGGGCGACGUGCGAGAUGUGCUCGGAUUAUCUGCCCAACUAUAUUUUUGUGUGUGAUGGAUGCAGGUUGAGGGCUUGCAAUAGAUGUCAUAAAAACAGGAUAUAG